UCUUCCCUCCAACCUCUUCCUCUUCACCCUUUACGUCUUCGAUUUCACCAACACCAAUGGCGGCGAAGAAGGUGUCGUCGGCCAUCCCAAUGGCGAUAUCGAUGCUAGUGUUUGUUCUGGGUGUAGGCGUGGUCGCCGCGAAGUCGAAGAAGGAGAAGCUCUGCACCAAGGGGUGGGAGUGCAAGGCCAGCGUGUACUGCUGCAACCAGACCAUCAGCGAUCUAUUCCAGGUUUACCAGUUUGAGAACCUCUUUAGCAAGCGCAACACCCCCGUCGCCCAUGCCGUCGGCUUCUGGGACUACCAAUCCUUCAUCACCGCCUCCACCGCCUACCAGCCCCAAGGCUUCGGCACCACCGGCGGCAAGCAGAUGCAGAUGAAGGAAGUCGCUGCCUUCCUUGGCCACGUCGGCAGCAAGACAUCAUGUGGCUAUGGUGUUGCAACUGGUGGUCCACUUGCGUGGGGGUUGUGCUAUAACCGUGAACUGAGCCCGAGCAAGUCCUACUGUGAAGAUAGUUACGUUUAUCCUUGCACCCCUGGAGUCGAAUACUAUGGCCGCGGUGCCCUGCCAGUUUACUG